ACAAGUGGCAGCCCUGUAGUCGAUUUGGGAUACGCAAAAUAUCGAGGCGUUCGCAAUACUACGUAUGGCCUAGAUUACUACUUUGGGAUUCGAUACGCAGUUUCGCCAGAAGGCAAUUUACGCUGGCGUGCGCCGAAGGACAUCGAGUCCCAUGGUAACUACUCAAAUUCCGUUACUAUCGAUGCCACCACUGCAGGGCCUCAAUGCGGCAUUCCCGAACUGCCAACAUCGGAAGACUGCUUACUGCUCAAUGUUCUUACACCAACAUCACCAAAAUCCAAGUCCUUGCCUGUUGUGGUAUAUAUCCAUGGAGGAGGCUACGUGACUGGCAACUCCAUCUCCUCCGACGGUUCAUCGUUUACACAGUAUGCUCAGGGCAACAUUGUGUGGGUCUCCAUCCAAUAUCGCUUGGGUGGCUACGGCUUUUUGAAUCCUGAUGAAUUUGAUGGAGUUGAUGGUGUUAAAAAUGCCGGCCUACUAGACCAGCGUCUUGCUCUAGAGUGGGUGCAGCACCAUAUCGCUUCAUUUGGUGGUGACCCUUCCAAGGUAACCAUCUGGGGAGGCAGCGCGGGUGGCGGCUCAGUUGCCAAUCAGUUGAUAUACCAGGGAGGAGAGAAAAAGCCACCCUAUAGAGCUGCAAUUGCAGAAUUCCCAUGGAUGCAGCCCUAUCAUGACGGCAAUUUCUUACAAGAACAAUACAAGUUCGUCCUGAAUGCAAGCAGCUGUAACGACCUCGCUUGCCUUCGGGCAUUAUCUGCGUCUGAGCUAGAAAAAUCGAUAACGGCCAGCUACUACACCGCCUAUGCUGCCGGGCUGUAUGCUUAUGGAGAUAUGUUCUUUGGACCGUCAGUCGACAAUAAGAUCAUCCAUGACCUGCCGUCUGUAGAAUUUACUCGAGGACACUUUUCCAAGGUACCGCUCUUGACGAACCACGACUCGUUUGAAGGUACA